GGUGGGCGCCUGGCCUCGCCCCGAGCCGCGCGUCGCGCGCCCCGGCGCCUGCACAGAGGGUCCCCGCGGCCGAGCGGGUGGCGGCCGGCCGGCCGGGAGCCUCCUUAGCGGAGCCCCAUGAUGUCAGCCGGCCGGGAGCAGCGGCCGCGCAGCGGUGAGGAUGGGGCCGAGGACUCCGCGCGGCCGCCCGCACGCCCCUCGCCCUCGGACGGCAGUGCCCACCCGAGCCCCGGCUCGCGCGCCCCGUCGCCCGGCGGCCCCGCUGCCGCUGCACCACCACCACCCCCGGUCCAGCCUCCCCCGAGCCUGUGGCUGGAGCUCGGGCCCGCCUGCAUGAGGGCACAGCAAUGCCCCAGCGAGUCAAGCGGCCAGACUAGCGGCGGCGACCCCGGCACUAGCAGCAGCAGCAGCAGCAGCAGCGCCGGGCUGUCCCCGGGCUCCGACUCGGACAGCAGCGGCGUGGUGUGCGGGGGCCGCGGCAGCAGCGGGGGCAUGCGCGGCGCCCUGUCCCGCUCCUGGAGCCUGGAGAGCCUGCGCUCGGCCACCGCCGUCAUGCCGGAUGGAGCCCUGGACACAGUCGUCCGUGCUGAGGAGGCGGGCAGCGAGGAGGACCUGUAUGACGACCUGCACGGGUCCAGCCACCACUACAGUCACCCUGGAGGGGGCGGUGAGCAGCUGGCCAUCAAUGAGCUCAUCAGCGAUGGCAGCGUGGUCUGUGCCGAAGCACUCUGGGACCAUGUCACCAUGGACGAUCAGGAACUGGGCUUCAAAGCCGGGGACGUCAUCGAAGUGAUGGAUGCCACCAACAGAGAGUGGUGGUGGGGCCGUGUCGCCGAUGGCGAGGGCUGGUUUCCCGCCAGCUUCGUGCGGCUGCGGGUGAACCAGGAUGAGCCUGUGGACGACGAGGCCCCACAGGCUGGCACGGGUGGGGUGGAGGACGGCGGAGCCGAGGCACAGAGCAGCAAGGACCAGAUGCGGACCAACGUCAUCAAUGAAAUCCUCAGCACGGAGCGUGACUACAUCAAGCACCUGCGGGACAUCUGCGAGGGCUACAUCCGGCAGUGCCGCAAGCGUGCCGACAUGUUCAGUGAGGAGCAGCUGCGUACCAUCUUUGGCAACAUCGAGGACAUCUACCGGUGCCAGAAGGCAUUUGUCAAGGCCCUGGAGCAGAAGUUCAACCGGGAACGACCACAUCUCAGCGAGCUGGGCGCCUGCUUCUUGGAGCAUCAAGCAAACUUCCAGAUCUACUCGGAGUACUGCAACAACCACCCCAACGCCUGUGUGGAGCUCUCCCGCCUCACCAAACUCAGCAAGUACGUGUACUUCUUCGAGGCCUGUCGGCUACUGCAAAAGAUGAUUGACAUUUCCCUCGAUGGCUUCCUGCUGACCCCGGUGCAGAAGAUCUGCAAGUAUCCUCUGCAGCUGGCCGAGCUGCUCAAGUACACACACCCCCAGCACAGGGAUUUCAAGGAUGUCGAAGCUGCCCUGCACGCCAUGAAGAAUGUGGCCCAGCUCAUUAACGAACGGAAACGGAGGCUGGAAAACAUUGACAAGAUUGCUCAGUGGCAGAGCUCCAUAGAGGACUGGGAGGGGGAAGAUCUCUUGGUCAGGAGCUCAGAACUCAUCUAUUCCGGGGAGCUGACCCGCGUAACGCAGCCGCAAGCCAAGAGCCAGCAGAGAAUGUUUUUCCUCUUUGACCACCAGCUCAUCUACUGUAAGAAGGACCUGCUGCGCCGGGAUGUGCUGUACUACAAGGGCCGGCUGGACAUGGACAGCCUGGAGGUGGUAGACCUGGAGGAUGGGAAGGACCGAGACCUCCACGUGAGCAUCAAGAACGCCUUUCGGCUGCGCUGCGGCACCUCGGGGGACAGCCACCUGCUAUGUGCCAGGAAGCCUGAGCAGAAGCAGCGCUGGCUCAAGGCCUUUGCCAGGGAGAGGGAGCAGGUGCGGCUGGACCACGAGACAGGCUUUUCCAUCACUGAGCUGCAGAGGAAGCAGGCCAUGCUGAAUGCCAGCAAGCAGCAGGCCACAGGGAAGCCCAAGGCUAUUGGCCGGCCCGGCUACCUGAUGCGCCAGAAGCACCCGGCACUGCCUGCCAGCCGGGCCCAGCAACAGGUCCUGGUGCUGGCGGAGCCCAGACGGAAGCCAUCCACCUUUUGGCACAGCAUUAGCAGGCUGGCACCCUUCCGCAAGUGACCAGUGCCCACCUGACGGGACUCUGUGGACCUGUUCUUUGAGGACCGCUCCAU